CAGCCCAGAAUGUGACAGCGGAGAAAUUUACGAAAAGCUGAUGCAAUAUUGCUGAAGUGGGCUGGUUCGCUCGCCCGUAAAAUAAAUUAAACGUGCACAAAAGUGUGUGGAAAAUAGGAAAAAACUGUCACAAGUGUUAGAGCAAAUCAUGGCGGAAGACGAUGCGAUCUUUGACCCUUCCUUGAUGAAGAAAAAGAAGAAGAAGAAGACUCCGUUCGAUUUAGAUGCCAUGGCUGGAGCGGGGGAGGAACCGACAGAAGCCGAUGCGGCGGUGGCGCCGAGCGAACCGAAACCGCUAGCAGACGGUGAAGACGAUCUCGAUUUGGAGAACUUCAACAAGAAAAAGAAGAAGAAGAAGAAGCCGUUCAAUCUGGACGAGCUGGAGGGAGCGCUCCCGUCCGGUGCCGGCGAAGGCGACGCGGAUGCGAAGGAGAGCAAAGAGGAGGGUGAGGUAGCCGGGGACGAUGGGCUGGACGAGGACUUCAAGCUGGACUUUAGUAUGAAGAAGAAGAAAAAGAAGAAGAAGGAUCUUACCGAGCUGAUGGAGCAGGAGCUGGUGGACGGAAAGGACCCGCAGGACGACGAGAAGGAAAAUGUGGAUGAAAAUGUAACUUCCUGGGCCGGCUCGGACCGUGACUACACGUACGACGAGCUGCUGAACCGCGUGUUUGAGAUCAUCCUCGACAAGAACCCGGAGAUGGCCGGCGGGCGGAAGCCGAAGUUCGUGAUGCGCCCGCCGCAGGUGCUGCGCGUCGGCACGAAGAAAACUUCGUUCGCCAACUUUACCGAAAUCUGCAAAACGCUCCAUCGGCUACAGAAGCACGUGCUGGACUUUCUGCUGGCUGAGUUGGGUACGAGCGGUUCGGUCGACGGUAACAAUCAGCUGAUCAUCAAGGGUCGCUUCCAGCCGAAACAGAUCGAGAACGUGCUGCGAAGAUACAUCAAGGAGUACGUCACCUGCCACACCUGCCGCUCGCCGGACACCAUUCUCCAGAAAGAUACCCGCCUGUUCUUCCUGCAAUGCGAAUCGUGCGGGUCACGGUGUUCCGUCGCUAGUAUUAAGUCUGGUUUCCAGGCCGUCACCAGUAAACGUGCCGCCAUGCGUGCGAAGACCGCCUAAGCGCGGCCAGCUGAUUGAAGUGGUGUCUGAAUGGAGAUUCCGUGUUGAGAAGGAGAGAAAGACACGUCACGUCGCUAUGUGGCGGGUGUUGCACACACGGGAACGAGCGUGAACGGUGUAAUGUGAAUUUAGUGCAUAUUGUUUCCCGACGCUUCAUCGUUUGGUUUUCGGUUAUCUUCCCACUUUCUCGUUGUUUGCUCCCGUAUCAUGCAACUCUUCAAUGGCGCUAUAUGGGCGGCAUAAUUGCUCGCGCCCUCUUUCGAAACUGCUAAAUGGGAUUUAUAUGAUGUUUUUGGAAACAAGGCGAACAUAAAUACAAAACCAAGACAUUACUUAAGAGACAGAUAUAAAUAUUCCACACGAAGCCCGAUCGCAAACCCUCUUCUCAAGUAAUUCUCAUGGAAAAUAAAAGGUAACCAACUUUUCAAACAGA